UUCGCUGAAUAAGCUGUAAUUUCCAAUUUGCUAAAAAUAGAUUCAGGAAAUUUCUCGCGUAAAGUUUCAGUGUACUUUCUGUGUGUAAAACAACUGCUAGGAAUGGCUCUUUAUUUAUUGAAAGUACCAUCUGCGCUGAAUACUUUGGUAUCGAAACUUAGUCAUGACGCUGACAUUCAAAACCGGAUACAAGGAAUUUCUGCACGGGCACUUGCUGCAGCAGACGCCUACAAAUUAACGUUUGAUAAUGAAGGAGGUAGUAUUUUGGUCCAGAAGUCUCAUCUAAUGUCAACAGUGUCAACGGAUGAUGUGAGAAUUACUAGUAUGAAGAAUUCGUUGAAUGCAGCAAUUGAAGCAUUGCAAUCAAAUAAAAAUCUUGUCAUAAAUCUUCAAACCGAUAUACAUAGCAAUAUAGAAACUUGCAGGGGACGGAAGAUGGAACAUGACUCGGCUUUGUCUACAAAGCGGGAGCGAAUUUCAAAUAUCAGCACCGAGAUUGGAAGUCUUGAUGAAAAUAUAAAAGUGCACGAAGAAGAAGCUGUUUCAGCAGAAACAGGUGCAGCUGAGCUAGAGGGUCGGCGAGAUAGCAUAAGACGAGCUGCUAGGAAAAAGAGAAAGAGAGCUGGAAUAGGUGGUAUAGUUGGUGUGGCAUUAGCACCGUUUACAGGUGGACUUAGUCUAGGUCUAGCCACAGUUUAUGCAGGUGUGAAUUUAAAUGAUGCUGGAGAUUGUGAGAGACAAGCUAAUCGUCUUCGGGAAGAAGCUAAUUCAAAAAGAGAGCAUGUCAAACAAUUACGUGCAAAGAAAGAAAUACUAGAAAAUCAGAAAUUAUCCCUGGACGAAGAAGCAACGUCAUUGCAAGCAUAUACAGAUGAUUUAGAUAAAGCAUCCCAAGUUCUUGAAGAAGUUACCGAUUUCCUACGCAGGUCAAUAGUUGAUAUUGACAAUGUCCUCGUAGUCUUUCAGGAUAUGGAAAGUGCUUUUUCGGAAACAGUACUUCAAACAGAUUCAUUCAAAAUAAUACAGAAUGCUUUUGCAAAACAACCAAAUCGACUUGAUUCUCUAGCACAAAACUACCUUGAUCAGCUGAAGUGUAAAUGGACUCAACUAGAAACAACAAUAGUAGAGAAUAGCACACGAAGUAAUCCAAAUUGAAAUUCGACGUGAAUUAUACCUACCAGAAACCAGCAAAUACACGGAAAAGACAGACCAUUUUAUUGUUUAAAGACAUCUAAUAGAGAUAAGCAACAUUUAAAAAAAAAUCUUGAUCAAGACCAUAUAAAAUUACCUUAAUAAUCGAUCAUGUCGGACUCACUCUUAAAACGUAAGGGAUUCUGGUAUAAGAACGGAAUCUGAGGUAAAUUAGAGAGAGACUUAUCUGACUGUACGAAUGCACAUCCUGGUCCUGAAUUAUACUGGUGAUGCAUUGUCUUAUAUAAUCUGCUUGCUUUAUAAUACAGAGAGCCUUAUUCGUCCGCUUAGCUCAAUAGGUAUAGGUUGGACUGACUGUGAAUCGGGCAACACGAGUUCGACGGUGUCACUUUCGUUGUGAUUGAUCAUGAAAUCCCUUCUACGGGUUCAUUCGCACUGAAUUGUUCUCAGUUAUCUUCUUGACAGCUUGCCCAGGAACGAUCUGGUGGCUGAACUUCAAUGUGACUUGCUGUCGUAAUUCGGAGUAAAGACUUCCAAACAACACCACCACCACACAGACAUUUUUGAAUAAAAACAACUUCAGUUAUGAUGAUAAUAUUUUGAACAAUUAAACAAUAUAUAGUAUAAUUCGUCAGCUUAACGCCCUUAAAGAACUUUUUUCUGAGUUAUAUGCACAACAAUAUACAGAA